GUGCACUUGUCUUUCACCAAUAUCCUCACAUGAAUGGAUACUACCUCCGACUGCUUGGUAUUUGCCCUUAUGAACUUACUCCAGGUCCUACAGGCAUAUGUGGGCCACCUGGACCUCCAGGCCCAAGAGGACCGUCUUGCCAUAUUGUAUCAUAUGGACCUCCUGGAGAUGAAGGCCCACCAGGUCUUGAAGGUCCACCAGGUUCCCUUGGUUUGCCAGGUGAUCCAGGCUCUCCCUGUAUCCCACUCAGAGGCGAUCCCGGAGACCCGGGUGCAACAGGAGAAAAUGGUCCUCAAGGCCCACCUGGGGAGCAGGGUACAUGUGGAUAUAAUGGCCCUCCAGGGCCACCAGGUCCAAAAGGUGAAAAGGGAGAGCAGGGGUUUGCAGGCUACCAUGGGCUCGAUGGACCUCCAGGAAUGCCGGGUGACCAAGGAGAACGAGGUGCACCAGGUCUCAAGGGGCUUCCAGCACGGCAAGCUGUUGCACGGGAAUGUAAUCAAACAGAAGUUCUCAUUGAAUCACAGAGUGACUCGGGGUGUCUUGAGGAGGAGGAGAAGUUCAAAAAGGAAUCCCAAAACUUGCCCUCCUGGUUCCACAAUUCUUAACGACACCGUGAACAUAGCUGAUUACAUAGGAGAUCCUGGUCCAAUGGGGCCACCUGGCUUGCAAGGCAAUUCGGGGUCAGACGGCCUGCCCGGCCCUCGUGGCCAGCCAGGGCCCAAGGGGCAAAGAGGCAGACCAGGUGGGCUGGGUCCUGAAGGCCCGGUUGGUCCUCCUGGGCCUCGUGGAGACCCUGGCAAAUCUGGGCAACGAGGGAUGACUGGAGACCCAGGCCCCCCUGGUGAUCAAGGGCCACCAGGAGGUCAAGGUCACUGCCUUCCAGACUCUGGUGGGUUUCUGAUUGUGGUGCACAGCCAGUCAACACAGAUACCUUCUUGUCCUCAAAAUAAGACAACCCUUUGGCGAGGGUACAGCUUGCUUUUUCUGGAGGGUCAAGAAAAUUCUUACAGUCAAAAUCUUGGUCUAGCUGGCUCUUGUCUUCCAAUGUUUAGUACUCUGCCAUUUGCACAUUGCAGCUUUGAUGAAGUUUGCCACUAUGCUACUAGAAACGACAAAUCCUAUUGGCUAUCGACCACCGCACCUAUCCCCAAGAGUCCAAUCACUGAACAUGAGAUACGUCCUCACAUCAGCAGGUGCUCUGUCUGCGAGGUACCUUCUGUAGCUGUGGCCAUACAUAGCCAGGAUCAGACCAUUCCUCCUUGCCCUUCCGGAUGGAGCAGCCUUUGGACUGGUUAUUCAUUCUUAAUGCACACUGGUGCGGGUGCAGGAGGAGAUGGUCAGUCCCUAACAUCACCUGGGAGUUGUCUGCAGGAUUUCCGCCUGGUGCCUUUCAUUGAAUGCCAAGGAGCUCGUGGGACCUGCCAUUACUUUACUGAUAAAUACAGCUUUUGGCUGACAACUGUGGACCCAAGCCAGCCGUUUGGCCUUGGUGCCCCUUCAGAAACGCUGACGGCAGGGCAAUUCCAAAGGGGAAAAGUGAGCAGAUGUCAAGUUUGUUUGAAAGAAUAAGGAAAUGGUAAAAAUUUUUACCAAAAAGGAAGGCUGCAAUUCAAGCCUAAUCUUUAAUGGUGCUUAUUUAAUUUCUUUCUAGUUCAUCUACAAUUAAAGCUAAUUAGAAAUGUAUGUCAGGAGUAUGCAAAAUUGGUACUGGGAGUGGCAUGCUUAUGACAAUCAAUUCAUUAAAAAUGGAAUAUAUGGAGAUUAAAUUUUAUAUGAAAUGUACAGCUGCUUGUUGGCAUCAUCAGUGCAAUGUAACUUGUAUGUAAAAUUAAUUUUUUUAAUGUUGAGUUAUUUUUGCCAUGUGAUCUUAGCGGAAAUUUAUGAAACUAAGAUAAUGAGGAAAAUCGACUGACGUUCACAAUCUGAGCAUUCAACGUAGUCUUGCAAAAAUUAUUAUAAUCAUUUCACAGUUAAAAUGAAUAGUCCCCAGGAAUCACACUCAGGCCUAUUUGAGCAGGGAAAGGGUGUGAUCCCAUUCUGAAACCCAGAGCAAAGUGGGCUGUGCUGAUCUCGGUGAGUCACCUCCUUAUGACACGACCUCAUUUCCAGGUAGGGUGUAAAUACACUAUUGGUUGGGAGCUACGUGCUACAAUCAGAGUUGAAGCAUUUUCAGGGAUAGAAGCCGAAAUAGCCAAAAGUUGUUGAAAACUGGGGAAGCGUUGUAAUGGAUUUAGGCAGUUAUGGGCAACACCACAAUUUGAUGAUGCAUCAUGCAGCUGUGAUGCAGUUGUGGCUGGAAGUGGAUAACAAAUUAACAGCCACAUUGUGUCACAAUCUUAUCUUCAAUGCAUUAAGUGCUUUAGCAACCAAAUCAAGUCAGGAAAAACAGUGGGCGCAAUAUUAUAGUGACACCUCAGCUGACUCCUAGUUCAACAUACUCCUUCAAAAGACUUCUUAACUUCUAAGGGCACCUCCCAUUAUUUCUCUGUGUACUUUUUCACAUGUCUGGUUUUCCAGCCAUCUUGGUCACCUUCAUCAUGGUUAGCAGGGUGACACUGUAACAUAGUGGUUAGCGCAAUGCUCUACAGUUCCAGCAACCCAAGUUCAAUUCCCACAGCUGCCUGGAAGGAGUUUGUACAUUCUCCCCAUGACUGCAUGGGUUUCCUCCCACUGUCCAAAGACGUACCGGUUGGUAGGUUAAUCAGUCAUUGUGAAUUGUCUCAUGACUAGGCUAGGAUUAAAUUGGAGGUUACUGGGCGGUGUGGCUAGAAGGUACUAUUCCAUGCUGUAUAAGUAAAUUUUGGACAGCCAUCAUGACCAAAUGCAUCACACUUGUCAAUCAAAUUCAGGCCCUACUGUCAUAGAUCAACUCUUCACCUUGUUGCAGGAGAGUACAGGGUGCUAGGGAGAGGAAGGGGACCUGCACAUUCCCUAUUGACAACUACAGAACAUGAAAAACACACACAAAAUGUGGGAGUAACUCAGCAUCUAUGGAAAUGAAUAAACAGCUGAUGUUUUGGGUCAAGAACCUUCAUCGGGUCUGGAACGGAAGGGGGAAGAUGCCAGAAUUUAAAAAUGUUGGGGGAAGGGGAGGAGGACAAAUUAGAAGGUGCUAGAUGGAGCCCAGUGGGUGGGAAAGGUGAAGGGCUGGAAAAGGAGGAAUAUGAUAGGAGAGGAUAGUGGACCAUGGGAGAAAGGGAAGGAGGACAGGCACCAGGGAGGAGGAGGUAAGAGACUAGAUUGGGGAUUAGAAGAAGAGGGAAGGGGGAGAGAAAAAAAGAAAAAAAAUUACUGGCAGGAGAAAUUGAUGUUCAUGCCAUUGGGUUGGAAGCUACCUCGACAGAAUAUAUAUUUCUCCUCCACCCUGAAAGUGGCCUCAUCAUGGUAGAAGAGGACAUGUUGGAACAGGAAUGGGGAUAGGAAUUUAAAUGGUUGGCUACCAGGAAAUUGGAGCUCAACAAAGUGGUCCCCACCAAUGUAGGGGUGGUUGUAUCGGGAGCACUAGAUACAAUAGGUGACCCAGCACAUUUGCAGCUUUUGCCUCACCUGAAGGGACUGUUUGGGGUCUGAACAGAAGUAAGAGAGGAGGUGAAUGGGCAAGUGUAGCACUUCUGUCAUGUAAGACUCUCACAGAUGGUAAAUUCUCAGUGGGCCAGGUUCCUUCUGAAGGGGGCACUGGACUCUGCUUACAAGCAGAUACUGGCAAUAAUUACAGCUGUGGGAUGUCCAUAUUGGAGACACAGCCUCCUCCAUAUUUUGUAACACUGGUCCCAAAUAUCAAAUUCUAGGGUCCUUUGAUGAAAGGGUUAUUAUUGAAGGCAGCAGAAAAUUGGUGAAGGUAGAGCUAGCAAUCGAUAAGACCAUUAGACAAAGGAGCAGAAUUGGGUCAUUUGGCCUUUCAGGACUGCUUCACCCUUCAAUCUUUGCUGAUUUAUUCUCGCUCUCAACCCCAUUCUCCUGUCUUCUCCCCAUAAUUUUUGAUGCCCUUAAUAAUCAAGAACAUUUAAAUACACCCAAUGACUUGGCCUCCACAGCCAUCUGUGGCAAUGAAUUUCAGAUUCACCACCCUUGGGAUAAAGAAAUUCCUCCUCAUCUCUUACGGUAAAUCCUUCUACUCUGAGGCUGUUUCCUCUGUACCUAGACUCUUCCACUUUUGAAAUCCAAUGGUAAAUGAUUGCAGAAACGUUGCAAGAGUCCAAGGAGUACAUGUGUAAUGCAUAUCCAUAGAUAGACAAGAGAACGCCAUGGGAUUUUUAUAUCUUAAUAACUGUACAAAAAAGGGAUAGAAAAUGUAGAAACCUUCAGAAAGUUAAGAAAUUAUUUGAAGUAUCACGCACAACUUCUGUGGUUCCACUUCUCACAUGUCAGCCUCUGAGUCAUGUCUCCCUCACUUUUCUACACUGGCUAUAUUUCCUCUAUACUCUCAGUCCUGAUGCAAGGCCAUGACCUGAAAUGCUGACAUUAUUUUUGCUCCUAUAGGUGCUCCCUGACCUGCUGAGUUUAGUUUAUUUUCUCUGCUCCAGAUUCCAGCAUCAGAAGAUGUGACGCCCUCAGUUUCACAAGCAUUGCCACUUUUGAAAGCGGAACUUCUGCCUCUGUAUCUGGUUAUGUGGGUAGUGCCUCUAGCAGCCUCACUCUGUUCAGCUUUUCCCAGAACUGCUGCUGAUGUUGACCCUACAUGGUUCAAUAUCUGGUAGCCACUACUUUGCCAAUCCUGAAAUGUCUCAUAGCUCUGAAGAGAACAAAUCAAGCUGAUUACACUCCUCAAACUCUUCCCCAGCAAAAGGGGAAGGAAGCAGCUGUGAGUUCUGUAAUAGCAAUACCCUGUUUGAAAGCCUAAUUUUCAUUGAGCCCAUGAACUGUUCUUCAGCCCUGUGUCAAGUUUCAGGAUAUCUGGGAAAUCCAUGUGUGUCCUAUUAAAAUUAAAUCCUGAAGAAAAUGUUGCUGGAAUUCUCUUAUUUAAAUAUUCUACAUAAAUACUAUUCUCUCUGAAGAGAGUGGAAUGCACAUAUUGAAGAAUAUCUGAGUUAAACCAAAAGGUGGCAUUUAAUCAUUUCACUGAUUAACAAACAUUACCAUUAAAAUCCCCCAUCUAAGUGUGAAAUGUUACUGCAACUACGCCAUCAUAUGAAUGCAAUAGAUUAAUGAUAAAUUAUUGUAAUUGUAUUAUUAUGGACAUGGUAAACAUUCCAAACACUAAAGAAGUAUACUUUGACAAUUUAAGGUUAUCAACUAAUAAGUUGGUCUUUUUCUUUACUUGGUUUCACUUAAGGUGCUUUGAGUGUUAAUAAACUUGAUUGACAUUAUUCUUGGUGCUAAUAAAAAAGCCCGGAGAGGCUGUUGCCUGUUA